AUGGCCGAGAAAAAGGAAACCAGCUCGGGACGCUCCCAGUCUCCAGCUCCGGACUUUAUCACUGAUGACGAAGAAGAUGUCCAGAAGCCGCCAGAGUAUAUGGAGCGCGAUCUCCGUCGCUCCCCAGCAUCCUCACGCCGAGAGCCUCGAGAGUAUGCAAUGUCUAGAAAUAUCGGAACAUCUAGAGAUUACGGGUCAUCUAGGGAAUACGAGACACCUAGGAGUUACAGAACAGUCGCAUCCUAUGCGACACCCUCUAGUUCAGCUUUAGUACCGUUAUCACGGUCCUACGUGGGUGAUCAGGAAGCAUAUGGCAGCCUCAUGCCAGUCAGCAGCUCCAGCAGAACGCGAUACUCUCGACGUGAAACAUACUACGGAGAGUCAUCACGCUCACGAACAUCCCCGCGCGGCCAUUGUGGACACUCCCGGGAAUUUGCAAGUCUCACGAUCCCACUACCACCAGGCUGUCGCCCGGCAUGUACCGCAAAGCUCUAUGAGCUUCACGUGUACUCUGGUGUUUGCUUGCGCCAACUCGAGUAUUUAUGUGACCAUGGGUUAAUAGUGGAAGACCGUUAUGGUGAAUUAAUCGUGGCACUUAGCCUAAUACCGAGCGCUUUGGGGGCGGCCAUCAGUAGAGGGCUGGCCUUGCUACGCCAGCACUUGGCUAUAUGUCUCGCCUUUAACCAGUAUGCUGUGUAUCAAUUCUAUUAA